CACGCUCGUAGCCUCAAUAUCACGUUCAAGGUCGGAGGCUGUCGUCUGCUCAGUGUGUUAGUUUGCUGCCGGCGAUCGGACUCGCGUUUGGAAUUACUAGGAGUUUAUUUCGUUCUGUAGUAACUACUCAUCAGACUAACCAAAAUGACGAAGAAGCUCACAGUCCUUGUUUGUGGUGGAGGUAACGGCGCCCACGUGACAGCUGGUCUUGCUGCGUCACGUGAUGACAUAGAGACGAGGGUGCUCACAACGUUUGCUGACGAGGCAGAAAGAUGGACGAACAUCAUGAAGGAAAAUGAUCUCAGAAUUACCGUGGACGAAGGUGACAUAAAAAGCGGAGACCCAGUAGACUUUAAAGUAAAACUCAAUUGCAUCACCAAAGAUCCGUCGAAGGCUGUUCCGGGAGCAGAUGUCAUAAUUUUCACUGUUCCGGCGUUUGCCCAUCAAAGCUACCUCGAAGCCAUUGAACCAUACAUUCAGCCGAACACCACCAUUGUUGGGAUGCCCGGUCAGCCAGGCUUUGAGUUCCAGGUGUUUGAUGUGCUUAAGGACAAGGCCAAGCAGUGUGUCAUCAUGUCUUUUGAGUCUUUGCCUUGGGCGUGUAGGAUCGCAGAGUUCGGCAAGUUUGUUCAGAUUCUGAUGGUAAAGGUAAAUCUCAUGGGAUGCAUAAUUCGAGGUCAGAGCAAGCCUUCGUAUGAGCCAUUGGAAGCUGUUCAGAAGGUGAUGGGAAAAGCACCUAUUCUGACCCAGGCAAACAAUUACAUCGAGCCAAUUCUGGCCACCAAGUCUAUCAUCCACCCUCCGAUAAUGUAUGGCAAGUGGAAGGACUGGGAUGGUAAACCACUCGACCAGAAGCCCCUGUUCUACCAAGGUCUUGACGAAGGUGAAGCUCGUUACCUUGGUGGUAUUAGUGACGAACUAGUAGCCACCGCUAAAGCAAUUGCGACUCAGAAACCGGAAGUGGACCUUUCCGGUGUCCUUCACCUUUAUGACUGGUACCUUCGCGAUCACAAACCGUACAUCAAAGAUACAACUAAUCUCCUGACUGUCAUGCAGACAGACACAGCAUAUGACGGUCUCGUCCAUCCAAUGAAGGAAACAGAAGAUGGCAAAUUUGUUCCAGAUUUUCGCUACCGGUACUUGACAGAGGAUGUCCCGAACGGCUUGGUGGUGACCAAAGGGCUCGCCCAGAUCGCUGGUGUCCCCACCCCUUAUCAUGAUGAGGUAAUAACCUGGUGUCAGAAACAACUAGGCAAGGAGAUCAUUGUUGGUGAUAAGCUGACGGGGAAAGAUAUAGGCAGUACGAGAUGUCCACAACGUUAUGGCAUCAAUACAAUUGAUGCCCUUGUUAGUAUCAUGUGAACAAUGGCGCUAUGGCGUUUUGAAACAUAACUGGAGUCAUACGUCAUCCGUUUAUGCAGAAACCCGAGGAAUGUUUUUAUGUAGUUACUAUAUUAAUUAAAAUUACUAUUUUCCAUUUCGUGUGGCUUCCCAGUAGGGAUUUAAAAGCAUAUGUGUUAUCUCCAUGUGACAUUACCUCAGGGACAAAAGGAGCGGGAUGAAAAAAUCACUUGUGAUGCUGAAUAUGCUAUACAUUACUUCUGGGCGCUUGCAGCUAAGACGCGAAUAUUAUAACUGGCAUUGUGUUUCGAAAUGGCACGUAAAUCACUUAACUUAAGGUUGGCGAAUCAGCUGUUCACACAUGUACAUUCCCUAGCGGUUAAACCCUUGCUACAGUUCGAGCAUGAAUUGGAAAGGUUAGAUAUCCCCCCGUUGGUUUUAUCCCGCGUCAUUCUAUUUUAGGGUAGUUACUCGGAUUUUAAUUGUGGAGCUUCUCCCGAGUGUAGAUUCCUUCCCAGAUCCUUUUUAGUUAAAAAAAUGAUUUACAUGAAGGUAGAUCGACUGUUUGUGUUGUGAUUUAACUACACUGUUAACAACCCACUUUUCCUAUUGUUGAUGAUUUAAUAUGCACGAUCUUGCCAUGCGGAAGAUAAAACUGACAUAUCGUGAGAACCGCAAAAUGCCAACUUCUUCUGAACUCCAUGCUAUUUUGGUGUGGAAUAUGUUUAAAGAUAUCUCAUGUUAUUAGAAAGAAAGACAUCUUCUUUAUUAUAUUUAGAAUACAUUUUCUCUAGAAAUUAUUAUCUUUGGAGAAUUAUAUAUGAAUGUUUAAUGUCUAUUGCUUCGUCACAGGGAUACAAAUAAUACAUUUCCUCAUUUCGUAAUGGUGUAUUGAGAUUACUAUAUAUAAUGAUCAUGAUAUUGAUAAUAUUAAUAAUGAAGAAGAAUCGCCAACAUGGACAUUGGUUUAGUAAUUAGUGUGUAAUAUUAUUUUAUGAUUUAAUUUAUUUUAUUUCUUGUUAAAGUUAGUAUUUAAGUUAAAUAUAACGACUUUAAUAUUUUCAUAAGUUUUAUUUCUUAUUGUGUAAGAACGAUGUCAAUCAGAAAAUGUAUUUAUCGUGAAUGUUUCGUUUGUUAAACACUUCUAUUGAGAUUGAUCUGAUGAUGAAAGCAGAUUCCGUUGACUAAGUACCGAAUGCUGCAGAUUUGAAUACCACAAACUGCUUGGCACCGUAGUAACGUGACGGGAAAAUAGCAGCGUGGGGCUUUACACAAGAAACGUUACAAAACAAGACAGCAGUGGUAAGGCAUUAGGUAGACCUUACUUUCUGAUGUGCAAUUACUUACACAUACCAAAGUUGUUACUAUGCUCAAAGAAUAAUAUUCCAACACGGCACUUCUGCCAAAGAAUGCUCAAUAAAAACCAAACCUACGUAUUGACAGUACACUGGAACUGUAAGAGAUAGCGUGUCGCUGUUUGUUACGUUUGUAUGAGGACCGUGACACCACUCUGUGUCUUUCUGUUGUCUUCAGAAUGUUGAGGCUAUUAAAUUGAUUGCUUCUUCCA